AUGAAUUCUCGUGCGGUGAAGAAGCAAAGUGAACAGUAUUUGCCAAACAAUACGGCAGCAGAUAUGGAGCGUCAGAAUAUUGUGAUGUUUAUUCAUUUAUUUUGUUUAGCAGCGAUUCUUAAAUUGUUGCAUUAUUUGCUUCCAGAGUGUAUAGUUUCGUAUUAUCUGUGUGCUGCCAACUGGCUGCUGUUUUUAAAUUUAGCUGUAUUUUCAUUUGAAUUUCUAAAACAAUGGUACUUUGUAGAAACAGUACCCACAACAAACAAAGCUGUACUUAUUACAGGAUGCGACAGUGGGUUCGGCCACCACUUAGCCAGACGUCUGGAUAGCAAAGGGUUUCAAGUUUUUGCAACUUGCCUCUUACCGAAAGGUGUAGGAUCUAUGGAACUACAGAGGACAUGUUCAAAAAACUUGAAAAUAAUACCACUUGAUGUCACAAAAGACGACAGUGUAAACAGCGCAGUUGAGAGCGUUAAGAAACAUCUGGGAACCUCAAUUUUUUGGGCUCUCGUCAACAACGCUGGUGUUUACAAGGGAUUCUGUUUGGAUAUGAGCACAGUUGAAGACGUCAGAGCCAACAUGGAGGUGAACGCAUUGGGGUUGGUGAGAGUGACGAAAGCUUUUCUACCUUUAUUACGUCAGAGCAAAGGAAGAAUAGUAAAUGUCACAAGUCUUGGAGGCAAACUUUCUAACGCAUUCCUAAUGCCGUACUGCAUGAGUAAAUUUGCGGCAGUCGCUUUCACGGAGUGCAUCGCAUAUGAGCUAAAACACUGGGGAAUCAAAGCUAUUUCAGUUGAACCUGAAGCAUUUAGGACACCUUUGAUUGCUUAUGAAAACCGCUUCGCUGAAAUUGAAGACAGUUUAUGUAACUUACCUGAUGAUAUCAGGCACACACUUGGAAACCAAUAUCAAAAAAGACUUGAAGCUCUUUGCUAUCUAUAUUGGAAAUCAUCAACAGUAAAACUUGACGCUGUCCUAAACGACCUUGAGGCGGCUGUUUGUUUGAAGUAUCCAAGCUCUGUGUAUAAGCCAAGUCGAAAUUUUUUUGUAAAAAUGAUAAUUUAUGUUUUUGAACGCCUCCCCAUGGGAAUCUUAAGUUCUAUUUUUGAUUUUUACCUAUGGGCACUGAUCCCACCACUAAAAGGGAAAUGAUUUUAUUUUAUUUUUAUUUGCAAAGAUGAUUUCUCAAUUGACCUACAUAGUUUACUUUCAGCGAAUGGUAAUAUAGAGUAAGGAACUUUGAUAGGAGUACGACAGGGACCUCAUUGACUGAGAGGUGAAAAGCAACUGUUCCGGCAGCUGGCUGCGCGCAGUAAAAAAGUGGUAGGUUCGACUCCCUUUUUCACAGUGGAUAUAUUCUCCUUGUCUUUUUAAUUCAAAACUUCCUUUUGUUGUUUAUGGAGGCAAGACAUUUUGUCUGCAGUCUGCUGAUGAAUGUGAAGCUGUUUAGUUUCUUGUACAGUAAAUAGUAAAACAACAAAGUAGCAAAUUAGCAUGUUGAGGUGGGACAUUAAGACUACAAAAAUUAAAGAAAAGCAAUUAAAUUUUAAAACUUCUUUGAGGUUCAGGUAGACAAUUAUAUCGUUUUCCUUUCUAAGCAAAAACGGAUUAGCCAGAUGGUAAUUGAUAUAUUACAGUGAAAAUAAUUUAAAGACCUGGCAUCCAGUACUC